UGUGCGUACAGCAACGUACCACUUAUGAAAAGGUACACUCACUAGCAGCGGAAGCCAACGUUGUUUUGCUUUAUAUUCGUGUCAACCAGCUACGUUUUACAUCGCAAACCAUUUAUUUCACUAUAUAAGACAUUCUAUUGUAUUUUAAGACUGGGAAUCGAUAGCGCAGGGUCAAGAUGUCGUACAUGCUACCACAUCUCCACAAUGGCUGGCAGGUUGACCAAGCCAUCCUGUCCGAAGAGGACCGAGUCCUUGUGAUCCGGUUUGGACACGACUGGGACCCAACAUGUAUGAAAAUGGACGAAGUUCUGUACAGCAUCGCAGAAAAGGUAAAGAACUUUGCAGUCAUCUACCUGGUGGACAUCACAGAAGUGCCUGACUUCAACAAGAUGUACGAGUUGUACGACCCCUGCACCGUCAUGUUCUUUUUCAGGAACAAGCACAUCAUGAUUGAUUUGGGCACUGGCAACAACAACAAGAUCAACUGGACAAUGGAGGACAAGCAGGAGAUGAUAGACAUUGUGGAAACUGUGUACCGAGGAGCAAGAAAAGGAAGAGGUCUGGUGGUGUCUCCGAAGGAUUAUUCCACAAAAUACAGAUAUUGAUUGCUCUUUUUUUCCCUUUUUUGGAGUACUUUUUUUCCGUGAUAUUUUGUGAUGCAACCGAGAGACUACAAGUUACAGAAGUCAAGGAGGAUCUUUUUAAAAAAUUCUGUUUUUGCAGGUGAAACAGGACAAUAUUUUCAAUGAUGAGUUUUUUUGUGUGUAGCUUAAUGUUCAAUUUCAACGUCGAAUUUGUUUUCUUUUCCUUUUUUAAGACUUAUUUCUAGGAAACAGGUGCUUAAGAAACAGUGUAAAAGGCCUCAUAUUUAAAUGUUGUAAUAAACAUGGAUGAUAUAUA